CCUCGGCUUUAGCCUGACACUUAAAUGAGGUUUGACUUCCUGUAUUUCUUGCAGCGAGUUGGUUUUGCGACAUUGCAUUGGAAGUGUGUGAAGGGGCCUAACGUUCCAUUUGAACUGCAGAUCUACACCCAGUCAACGGUAGAAACGGAUGAUGGCGAUGGUGACUAACCGACUUGGGUGUUUACCAGUUCUUGUUUUGCUUCUGACUUUGAGCAGUUUGGUCACGUCUAGAUUUCUUCGGACCAAAAGACAAAUUGAUUUCAACGAGACCUUGAUAAACAACAACGAAACACACAGUACACCCACCGUAGCUCGAGCAGAGAAUGCAACAAGCACCACUGUGGAAACUUCAAAGGCUUUGAGUACAUUACAGACAGAAACUGUAAUGCCUGAUUUAAAUAUCUCCGCAACUACAGAUUACCACCAUGAUCCAGAUUUCAACCACACCCAACAAACCUACACUGCAGAAACCGAGAACCUAACAGUCCACCGGUCAACAAAUGACAAGAGUGCUUUUCACACCCAACCUUCCACAAUAAAUGGUACUGGACACAUUUCACAUGCAGGAAGUUCUGCCCCCACAUUUCCUGCGUCGCUGGACCCUGGUAAGGUAACAAAGCAGCACACGACAGCAGCAGUGAUGACAGGAUUGUCCACAGAUAGCUCUACCAUCAUUAACAAAUCAACCACAGCAACGACCCACUCAUGUUCAACUGCCUCUUCCCAAGGGGGUAGACUUGUGAGUCGUUGCCUCAUCGCCAUUGCCUCGAUGGCUGCGUUGACCACCAUCUUUAUCAUUAGUACCAUCAGCCUGGCUACCAGACUCUCUGUAUACAGAUACAAGUAUAAGGCGCAUCUUCUCCAGGAAACUGAGAUGGUCUGCAUUUCUGCCCUGAUGAACGAUACCGAUCACCCGGUUCCGAAGCCAAGACAUCCCAAAAGUAACGGAGCGUUGAUCCCCAAUGCUGAGGAUGGAGAUCCUGACGGAGAUAAUCUCACUCUAAACAGCUUUCUUCCUGAUACUGAGGGCCCUCUUUAGAAGUUUAUACCUGGAUGCACUGAGAAACAGGGUGCAACAUGGGAUUUUUUUGCUCUCAAACAUUAAAUGACCCAAACCCAGCUGUAGAAUGGGUUGCACUGUCGGUAAAAUCCUCAGUUUAUCUGAGGUACAGGUUUAUCAAUUUUCUGACUCAAUGAAGUUCUUAGCAAUUGCUUUUAAAACAACCAUUUUAUGAUUUGCUGUGCGAUAAUCCACAUCUUUUAUUUAAUCAGUGGAACAUUUAAUUGUUUUUGUAAGUGUAAAAAGGUUUGAAUGUUAUAUUUAAUUUCUUUAAAAUAUUGUGCUGUGUUCUCUGAGGAGCUCAGGAGUUAGUAGGGCUUGGCAGAAUGUAUGCUGAAUAUAGUCUGUGGUUCAGCUAGCGCUGUGUAAUUUACUCGAACGGAGUGAUGUUGGAGAUUAUCACAGUCUGAAUAUAACAUGCUAGCAUUGCAAAUGGACAUAAAAUACAUGCUUUGACAUUUACCCAGAAAAAAUUUAGCUUUUACACAGAAAUGACACUUUUUUUUUUUUUUUUUUGACAUUUAGUUUAUUUGUACAUGUAGUGUUUUUGUAGGUUUUUUUCUGCUAUAUAAGUCAUUUAAUUUCAAUGUAAAUUCUAUUUGUAGGUAACUUAAGUAUGAAUGUGUUCAAGUUGAUGAAUGUUGAAAAAGUCAUUGUGCAGUAAUAACCCAUUGUUACCCAAACUAAUUUUAUAAAUUUUAAAUAAAUAAUUUAAUUGAAAUGA